UCGUCUCCCCUUCGGCGGUCGUCAAAUCCCCUGUCCACUUGUAUAUAUAGUAAAGCCAGACCUCCAAAAGGCAUCAGUGUGCAUUCAACCAGUGGAUUUGAAGCGUUCAAACAGUUUUCCCAGAUUUAAGAACUACAGAAAAAUGAAACUGUUUAUCGCCCUGUCCGCUUUGAUGGCCGUGGUGGCUGCUGGUGGUGAUCACUACGUGGAGCAUAAGCACAUUCCGAUCGUGCACAGCGAGCUGGUCCAGAGCAACGACGGUAACUUCAAGUUUGGAUACGAAUCGGGCAAUGGAAUCGUCGUCCAAGAGGCAGGUCACGUCAAAAACUUUGGAAGCAAGGAUCAUGAGACCAACGUUGCUCAAGGAUCGUACUCUUACGUUGAUCCUCAUGGAGAAGUUGUUUCUGUGAGCUACGUCGCCGACGAGAAUGGGUUCCAUGCCCAAGGAUCGCAUAUCCCAACGCCACCACCACUACCAAAGGAGCUGGUUGAAGCCUAUGCCAAGGUGGGCAGUCAUCCAGAGGCCCACCACGAGGAACCAGCUAGUUACAAGGGUCACUAAGCAGAUCCGGUGUCGCGGGGAAGCGAGAUGCCAAAAUGUGAUAGUCUAUCCGAUUGUCAGCCGGAUAGUGCCUAGUGAAAUCAUUUCUAUUAUAUUUAAGAAACACAUGUAAAUAAAAAUGUUUAAUUAGGAAUGCUUUCUUAUUGUUAGCAGGAGA